GAAGACAGCGUAUGAGUUGUCAGUGCGCAUGGGAGGAGGGAACCGUGAUCUCUGCAAAGCUAUCAAUAAGUGAAGCUAGCGUGGCCCAAAUGCCUUAACCAGUUUCACCACUUUCUGUGCCAACUACGUGUCCUUUGCUUGCUUCAGUUCUUCAGGCUUGCAGAAGACUCAGAGCUCAGUGAUGAGGGGGAAGUUAGCUGACCACCUUUGCACACUUGCUCCUGGCCCUCCAAAGUAGUCUGGGCUUUUCUUUCAGUCUUUAACCCUUCCUUACCCAACUGAUGCUCCCUGCCUUCUGAAACAGAAGAUGAGUCUUUUUUCCCCUUCAAAUCCACUGCUGGUCUAAUUUGCACAAAGGAAUUUCUGAUACUGUAGUAACUGAUUGCAGUACAGAACCCUAGCAGAGCCACCCACUCCACCCUGGAAUUCAGAUGUCACCAAGAAGUCACUAAGCCUUAUGACGACUCAAAUAAUUCUCAGUUCGUAAUGGGAGCAGAAUGCACAACCAUAGCGUGUGGGUAACAUGACAGGGUCCAGAUACUCCUUGGUCCAGGUGUGAGCUGGUCUCUGGGUGGAGUCAAAGUGGAGCUUCUCCCUGUGUGUUGCAUAACUGGGCACGUUCUUUCAGGCAGGGAUUCACCUUUCUGUGAAGUGCACAAUGUGCUCUGUGUGAGACUGAGUCUGUUUUCCUUUGACAGUGUUUUGUAUCAUUAAUGGUAUUUGACUAGAGAUGCCCUAAAAUAUUUACAAGGUUGUCCUUAGAGUUGCAGCUUGGAACAGAGUGAAUGUGUGAGCUGGAUCAGCUACUUGCCAUCUUCCCUGUGGUGUGCCUGAUGCCUUGUUUUGCUUUAUUAGUGCUUUUUUGUUUGUUUUGAACUAUGAGUUUGAGCUUCUCUGGCUUGCCCGCACUUGUUCAAGUGAAGACUGUCAUCGGGCUGUGAAAAGGGAUCACUUCAGUGUGUCAGCUAGGCAUAGGUCUGAGAACAGCUGCCCACCUUGGAACUCCAUUAGCCAACAUCAGUGAGUGAAUAAGGAUUGUGUGUGGCUGGACUGUGCCAAAAUGCCCUAGGUCCUUGGCAGACUGUGUGCGUAACCAAGUCAUAAAAGCCUGAACAUCUUGCGGACAUAAAUUAAUUCUUUACAUGACAACGAUUGAUCCUUUUAGUAUUUUAGGUUAUUGUGGAUCAUACAAGAACUAGGCUGAAUCUUCUGGGCUUUCCCUGGAUGAACAUGAGUUAAAAAAAAAACAAGCCUGAAAUAAAAUAAAUAUAUCUCUCUCUCUGUGUAUAUAUAUAUAUAUAAAUAUUCAGCAAUACAGUCAGGUAUAUUUGUAAUGUGACCACUCUUAGGAGAUGACUGAAGAACUGUGAGAACACAUUAGUCAUUGCACCAGGGGCAAGAUCACCUCCUGUUAGGAACUCAUAUGAUAUCACUGAGUGUGGCAAAUACUGUAUAUUCUUUAUUCUGGCCAUCUGAGGGCUUGAAAUUAUUUGGUGGUUGUUUGAACGAUUUGGUCUGUGUCAUGGCUGGCAUUCAGGGAUUGAACUGGGGACCUCAAAAGCAUAAAAGCUUGUAGCCUGAGUGGAAAAAGCUAUGCUCUUGAUCAGAGAGCAUUAAUAAACUGCCUCUAUUUUUGCCAUCAGCUGAUCAGUGAUGUGUGAAUUUGGGCUGCUCUUGAGAGUUCAUGGGGAAAUGUCUAAACAAUAGAAGAGCUGUUCAAGACCUCUGAGGGACUCUUAUCUUCUAAAAACAGACUUUCUGAUCAGGCAAGCUAUUUUAUCACUAGUUACUCAGCAUGAUGGGCGUAGAGGCUGUAUGACAGGGAACUGUGUCAGAUAGAUUAAAAAAAACCACGAACAACCUUAAUAUUUUAGUCUAAGGCCUUAGUGGGUGGGACAGAAAACAGUGACUACUGUAUCUGGAAGUUUUCAUGAAGAAUUUGGGAUUGUUCUCUUUGAAUAAUAACAAAAGAACUUUGCAUCCUUGGAGCAGUUAAGAAGCUGUUCAAGAGGUAGCUUUUUGCCUGCUACCUUGUGGCAUGGUGACCACUGUAACUUAGCAUCUAAAUGCACUCUUAACUGUCCAGGCACAAGUUUGUCCAGCAGCACAAAAUGUAAUGUUAAAGCAAAGAACGUGGUGCAUGCUCUGCUGUAAUUAUCCAGCUUUGUUUCUGUGACUGGUACAGAAGUUUCAUGUUCCUUCGGGCUGAAGCUGGGCACUGCUAUCAGCAAUACGUGUGACUGGCAUCCUAAUCAUAUUUCAGCCUUCAGUGGUUUCUCCUCACAAUGGGAAAGAGCCUUCCAGACCUGGGAUAGUCAGAAUUUGUGUGUUAAAUCUAGUGGCUGUCACUGGGCUUUGUAAUUUGUUGAAGAGGCAUGUGAGAGAUCUCCAUGGUACCGGGAGCUUGGAUCCAGAGGCAUUAGGCUUGUGUGGGUUUUUAUGCUCCCUUAGUAGGUGACUGUGAUAGGAUUCUGUUUAUCACAACCUGUCAAUAAGUUUUUUCCAGGCUAGAGGAGUUAGAAUUGCUGCAGGCAACCUAUAACUAACAGUGUUAUCAAGUCUUCAGCCUCCUCAGUCCUGUCCACGCUAUGAGCUUGCCCAAGCUGUGUCUCUUAAUGUUUGCAGAUACAGUACUUGCCUCCUGAGCUACUGGGGACAUGGUGAAUCUUUUCAGUUGCCUAUAGACAAUUAUCUGUUGGCAGUAACUUCCUCCUCUCCCUCAGUAUCCCUGCUGCCAAGCCAAACCUCUCCUGCUCCUGAGAGUGCCAGGUUGUAUCAGCUGCAGCAGGGGUGUGGAGAAUUCUGAAGUAGUCUUGCUGCCUGUAUUUGACAAGGGCAAGAAGCUUUUAUGGAGGAUUAGGAGAAGAUGCAGUAUAUUUAAUUUCUUGAGUGGUUGUAGGUACUUAGUUUUGCUUUUUGGUGUUUUCAGUCAGCUCUUCCUUGUGCUAGGACUUCUGAGCUAUAGAAACCUGUGUGGCAGUGUGUUGUUGACUCCAGCAGGCUCCUACUGCAAUGCAAGAAAAAAACUGGGGUUCUGAGCUGUGGGGUAGGAGCUGCUUUGGGAGGCCAGAGGAGGGAAAUAAAGCCCACUGGACUGCUCUCUUUGUGCUGUUUUUAAAAAGCCUUCCAGUAUUAUUUCCUUACAUGUCAGGUUGAGUCCUGAGGGUCAGAAACAGAUCAUUGCUUUGGGCAAUGGGCUGAGAAAGUAAAUGACAUGCCACUGAUUGUGAACAGUUAAAUUCUAUUCUGUAAUGUGUGCCCUUUGGGCUGACUGUCGCAUUUGCUUGUGUUCUGCUGGAGUCUUGCGGAUAACCAGGGAUGUGAAGUAAUUUAUAUUAAUAGUCCUGUUCUUCAGCUUGAGAUCAAAAAAAUUAUUUGAAGAGGCACUACUGAUUCCAAAGAGCAAAUUCUGUGCAUAGUAUGAAAGUAGAUAAAAGUUGCUCCAUGACAUACAGGAUAAUGAACUUCAAGAAGAAUGUAUGAAGUAUGAAUAUCCACAGCACAGGCCAGUUCUUAUUGGCUGCCCUACUUCAACCUUGUUAUUUGUGUGUAUCUCUGGGAAGUAUGUCAGAAAGGCAUAUGGGUAUCUUAACGAAUGGAGAACCUACAAAGUGAUUGAGUCUGCCGAGCUGUUUUUUGAACAGGAUAUGCCACAAAGUGGGUUUGAGUUACUGAAUGUUCUCUCCAGUCCACAGAGCAAAUGAUGCUUUCUUUUUACAUGCCUGGUCCAAUAAAAUACUGCAAAAUGACUCUGUGUAAAAGUUGAUCUUAGUCCAGCCAGUUCAUGUGUUACUGAAGUCUGCCUUAUGAUUGCAGUUAUUCUUUAUGUUGUUUAGAUUUUCCUGCAAGGAAGCAACUGAGUGAACAAAUAGCUCUGAUGACAAAAGGUGAACAAAGAGCCUUGCCAUCAAACUGGAGGAGCUGACCACAGUGUGGAACAGAAGCAAUGGGUGUGAUGCUUUACCUUGUUCUUCUCCUUUACCAUAAGAGGUGUCAUGGCACUCAAUUUUAGCCUAUUCAGUUCUAAUUUUUAAAAGUUGGUUGUACUCCUAUAGCCUGUUUGGGACUUGAACUGUCAAGGGAACUGGAUGAACUUCAGAAUACCUUGAUGAUGAUGAUCUUGAUUCGGGUUCUUGUCUGCAUUAUAUGCGUAUUUGGAAGGAAAGUAUUCACAUAGUAAAGAGUUUUAGUGAAUCAGCUUUUACCAAGUAAAACCAGAAAACUGUUUCAUGCAACCAGAGGUAAAGAAAUGCAGUACUUUGAAUUCAUUGGCCAUAUCAUUGCCACACACCUGGUCUGAAUGGCAAAGUACUUGCCAACUCUUACCUCCCGUUUCCAGCAUGGCUUUACUGGGGGAAAAUCCUGCCUGACCAACCUAGUGGCUUUCUACAAUGGAGUGAAUACAUCAGUCGACCAGGGAAAAGCAGUGGAUGUCAUCUAUCUGGACUUCUGCAAGGCUUUUGACAUGGUCCUCCACAAAAUCCUUCUCACUAAAUUGUAGAGAUAUGGGUUUGGUGGGUGGACUGUUCAGUGGAUAAGGAACUGGCUAGAUGGUUGUGUCCAGAGGGCAGUGGUCAACGGCUCGAAGUCCAGAAGGAAAACAGUGACACGUGGUGUCCCUCAGGGGUCAGUGCUGGGCCCAGUGCUGUUUAAUAUCUUCGCUAAUGAGUGCAGGGUCCUGCACCUGGGCCAAGGUAACCCAAGAUAUGAAUACAGGCUGGGGGAGGUCACACUUGAGAGCAGUCCUGUGGAAAAGGACCUGGGGGUACUAGUGGAUGAAAAGCUGGACAUGAGCCAUCAAUGUGCAGUGGAAGUCCAGAAGGCCAACUCCAUCCUGGGAUGUAUCAAAAGAAGUGUGGCCAGCAGAUCGAGAGAGGUGAUUCUGCCCCUCUACUCUGCCCUUGUGUAGAAUACUGCAUCCAGCUCUGGUGCCCCCAGCACAAGAAAGAUGUGGACCUGUUGGAGCGUGUCCAGAGAAGGGCCAUGAAAAUGAUCCGAGGGCUGGAGCACCUCUCUUGUGAGGACAGGCUGAGGGAGUUGGGGUUGUUCAGUCUGAAGAAGAGAAGGCUCCGGAGGGACUUCAUAGUGGCCUUCCAGUACCUGAAGGGGCCUACAGGAAAGCUGGGGAGGGUCUUUCUACAGGGGCUUGCAGUGAGAGGACAAGGGGUAAUGGUUUUAAGCUGAAUGACGAGAUUUAGGUUAGAGAUCAGGUGUAAAUUCGUCAGUGUAAGGGUGGUGAGACAGUGGAACAGGCUGCCCAGAGAUGUUGUGGGGGCUCCAUCCCUGGAGGUGUUCAAGGGCAGGUUGGAUGGGGCUCUGAGCAGCCUGUUCUAGUGGGAGGUGUCCCUGCCCAUGCAGGGGAGUUGGAACUCGGUGAUCUUUAAGGUCCCUUCCAACUCAAAAAAUUCUGUGAUUCUGUGAAAAGGCAGCUAAUGGAAAGCACAACUAUUGGUAAAAUGAAGCCAGAAGUUGCAGAACUGUAGCUGGGUUCUGUGGUACUUCCAAAUGGAAGGAAGGGGCAGAGAAGGCUGAUUGGAGACAUGUGACUACUGUGCAGUCUAGCAAGGCAAGAAAACACCAGCAGCUCAGUGUUAGGAUGGAACUAACUGGCUUGUGGCUCCUCUAAAGGUUGAUUGCAUUGAUUGUGGUCUGGUUCCUUAAGACUUCUUAAUGGAUUCAAGUAAACUUGAUCCCUGCUCUGGGGGUUGCAAGGUGAUUCAAUCACAGGAGGUGAAUAUUCAAUUGACAAAGGGACUUACAGGAGUUUGCUGGUUUGUUUUUUUUUCUCACCCCAACCAGGGAAAACUCCCCCUGUCUUCACUCCCCACUAUUUUGCUCUUCUUUGCUCAGGGCUGGAUGAGGCUGGGGCAUUUUGUUUUGUUUGGAUCACUGCUAUCACAUGUAAAAAGCUGCACAAAACAAACUUCUUUACUCAAAGUGUGGUUGAAAGUGGGUGGACUAGCUCAACCUGCUGUUGUGAUGAGUUACCUUUACUAAAUGUUACAGGAUGGACUAAUGAUCUUUUCUUGCCAGUGACUGAGUGCAGAAAAAACAUGACCAGGAAAAAUGUAGAUCCUGGAAAAAACUGCCUUCAGUGCAGAAUGAGACAGCUAAGGAGGGGUAUAAUAAUAGCUUUGACUGGAGCUUUAAGCAACUGUUUAUCAGUGGCUUAGAAAGAAAUAGCUUCCAAUUGUUUGGGACCCCUUCUGAUUAAAAGGGAUGUGUUAAUUGCCUGCAUUUGCUGGCAUGCUUGGUGUUUAUUUGUGGAGACUGAUGCAGCAUGGUGGGAAGUACCCAGCCUGGAAGAGGGUAGUGAAGAGGCUCAGGUACUGGGACUGUAGAGAUUACAGGUUCCCUACAUCUGCGUGGGUUAGAACCUUGCCCUGAGAGGGCAGUGAGCCAGGGAGUGUGAGAACUGGGUAGUGGGUAAAAUGGAGAAUGUGUGGAACAGGAGCUAUGUUAUUGACAGGGCUAGGAAAGCAGGCUAGUGUAGUGCUGUUCCUGGUAGCUUGGAUGUGUGUCUUUAUUAAACUAUCAGCUGAUCCUGUUUGUAGCUGCCUGUUAAAUACAUAGACACAGCAUACAUGUCAAGAUUAUUCCAGCAGCCAUUUAAACAUACCAAAUGAACAUGGCCUGUUGCCCUGUUAGAGUAUGGUAUCCCAUGGUCCAACAUCGAUUUCCUUCCUCCUUUAACUCUGGAUAUUUGAGAUUAUAAUAACAUUUUUCAUAUGAAGAACAACUGGGGAUAAACUACCACAGAUCUUGAUAGCCAAUACAUUCCUUCAUUAACAUUAUCUCAUAUUAUUAUGUUAACGAAGAUAGAUCAGUGUUCCUGUAAUACUAAAGGUCUCCUACAUCAUAUUGGAAAAGGAAGUAUAUUUUUUUCUUUCCUUGGAGAAGCAAUUUCUGCCUGGUAAAGCUAUGCCAGUCAGGUACCCUAACUCUUAGAUUAGCAGCAAUGUAUUAGUAGAAACCUGUUCUAUAGCCUUGGCUGCUGAGAACCUGUCAGGGAAUAGGUAAUGGAUGUGCUAAGUAUCUAAUUCUAAAUUAACCUUUUGAAAUCAAUUUGGGGUAACAUAUAGGGGGAUGUCUGUCUUCAGUACAUUAUCUUGGUCUGAAUGUGGAGAAGACCAAUAUAAAGCAGCUGUGGACUGAAAUAAGAGAGUAAUAAAGCAGCAUGUAGCCUCAGGAAGUCUACCCCUCAAGUGGAGCAGGAUCUUGUCUGUAUUUCAGGACUUUGGUAUAAUCAUGGAGAAUUUUGCUAGUGGACAGCCACAUGAUCUCUAGAGAAUCAUUGUCUGGGAGAUAGGCUUCUGUUACAGGCUUGCAUGUAACUGAAGUGACCUUUGUGUGUAGUUACUGUUCUGCCUGAUGUCUCUCUGACCUCUCUCUGGCUGGAAAGAUCAGCUGGAAUCUUUCUCGAAACUGCAUUAGGCGGCCCUGGCAGGCUUCAUUCCUUAGGGAGCGGCUGGAAAACACUGGCUCUUAGUCCCUUUCCCAGUCAGGUGACUCUAUCGAGGGUGUGACCACAGCAAUAAGAUAAAUAUCUUUAAAGGAAGUUCUGGAGGAUCUUCAUGUUACUUGGCAUCUUCUCUCACUGCAGACAAGAAUCGGCCCCUCUUCAGUAAGUCUCUUUUUUUACAGACUUUGAAGAGCUCAGGCCAUAUUUGCCAGCUGCCCACUGCUGCUCUGUGGCAUCUCACUUUCAGCUUUCAGCUUAACUGAAAUCUGCAAAAAUUCUCUGCUGCAAGAAAACAGGGGUGAUGUCAUCAGAAGAUGAUGCUGGCGGGGAGGCCCCUGGGGGCAGUUUCUGGGAGGCUGGAAACUACAGGCGGACAGUGAAGCGUGUGGACGAUGGGUACCGGCUCUGCAAUGACCUCAUCUCCUGCUUCCAGGAGCGAGCCAAGAUAGAGAAGAACUAUGCCCAACAGCUCACAGAGUGGUCCCGUAAGUGGAGGACCAAUGUGGAGAAAGGUCCACAGUAUGGUACUCUGGAGAAGGCCUGGCAUGCCUUCCUGACAGCUGCAGACAAGCUGAGUGAAAUUCACUUAGCUGUCCGGAACCACCUGGCUGGUGAAGACUCGGAUAAGAUCAAGGCCUGGCAGAAGGAGGCCUACCACAAGCAGAUGAUUGGAGGCUUCAAAGAGACAAAGGAGGCAGAGGAUGGGUUCCGCAAGGCCCAGAAACCCUGGGUGAAGAAGAUGAAAGAUGUGGAGACUUCAAAGAAAAACUAUCAUGCAGCUCGUAAGGAGGAGAAGACAGCCCAUACGAGGGAGAACCAUGCCAAGGCAGACUCAUCUGUCUCACAGGAACAGCUGCGCAAGUUGCAGGAGCGUGUAGAGAAGUGCACUCAGGAGGCUGAGAAGUGCAAGGAUCAAUAUGAGAAGAUGCUGGAAGAGCUGAACCGCUACAAUCCCCGCUACAUGGAGGACAUGGAGCAAGUGUUUGAGGGCUGCCAGGAAGCAGAGCGCAAGCGAUUGUGCUUCUUUAAGGAGAUGUUCCUGAAUCUGCACCAGCAUCUCAACUUGUCCACCAGUGAAAGCUUUCAUGCGUUGUAUCGAGAUCUCUAUCAAGUCAUCAUGGCUGCAGACAACCAGGAGGACCUGAAGUGGUGGCGCAACACUCACGGACCAGGCAUGGCAAUGAAUUGGCCUCAGUUUGAGGAAUGGUCCCUCGAAACACAGCGGCCAAUUACCAAGAAGGAGAAGAGUGGCAAGAUGGCUGACGAUGUCACAUUGACCAGCAUUUUGCCUACACGGGAUGGUGUUGUUUCACAAACUCCUCUGCAGGGAAGGCAAAGGUUUUCCUAUCAAGAGGAGCAGAACAGCUUCUUCUAUGACAGCCUAAAGGCACCCACCUGCCUGAACGGAGGAAAGGAAGAAAUUUCGGAGUGGUCAGAUGAGGACACUCCCAAGAAGUGCCUGGAUGCCAACGGGCAUGAGGAGGACAUAAAGGUACCAGGUGUACGGGUACGAGCGCUGUAUGAUUACACAGGACAGGAGGCUGAUGAGCUGAGCUUUAAAGCAGGUGAAGAACUAAUGAAGAUUAGUGAGGAAGAUGAGCAGGGCUGGUGCAAGGGCCGACUUCUUAAUGGCCAAGUUGGACUCUAUCCUGCUAACUAUGUUGAGAAGGUUGGAUCAUGAUUGCUACUGCCCUGCUAGUGUCUCAGCCACAGCAGCAUCUCCUGCAGAGGUCACUGGGCCACUGCUGGCCCGAAUCCACCUUUGCAGUAUAUCCAGCAACUUCUGGACUUUGAGGGCGUGUAUUCCAUGUAACUAAUGCUUCAUUUUAAAUGCCUAGAUCUGUAGGGAUUUUCUAAUAAAUAAACAAGGAUGAGUAAA